AUGGGAAACGCAAUUCGCAAGCAUAAAAAAUCUCUAUUUCAGCAAUCAUCACCUUACUAUUAUAUAAAUAACCGUAAGUUCUUUAAGAAUGAGGAAGUAAUUUGGCCUAAUCCCAUUGAUGAUGUGGAAAUUGACAGGCUGAUAAUGGAGCAUUUCGUUAUUCGCCAUUCAUGGAAGAGCAAAAACUUUAUCAGCCCAAUUGAAAGAGAAUUAAAAUUAGGAGUAAAUGUAGUAGAUAUAGGGUGUGGGUCAGGAACAUGGGUACUUGAAAUGGCUUCUGAAUAUCCAUAUUCAACGAUAACCGGCGUCGAUUUCUCGACGCUAUUUCCCACGGAAAUAAAGCCCGUAAAUUCCAGAUUUCUUGAACAUAAUAUCAAAACUGGAUUUCCAUUCGAAAGCGAAAGUAUCGAUUUCGCGCAUCAAAGGUUGGUUGGUUGUGGUAUUCUGAAGCAAGACUGGGAACAACUCAUAAUAACUGAGUACGCCCGAAUACUAAAGAUUGGCGGGUGGUUAGAGAUAUUUGAAGGUAAUACACUCAUAAAUCCUGGUCCCAAUACAAAACGUCUAUUUGAUGCAUUACUCGCAUAUUAUGAAUCGAUUGGCAUUGAUGUUAAGAUUACACAAAAAUUAGCACGGUAUUUGGCAAACAAUGAUAAUUUUACAAAUAUACAACAUCAACAACAGACAAUUCCAAUAGGAACUUGGGCAGGUCGAGUAGGCGAAUUAACUGCCAACAAUUUUUUAUCUUUAUUCGAUGCAUUAUCAUCAUGGCUUUUAAUUCCGCUAAACAUCACUCUCGAGGAAUUUAAAACUUUAACGCAAAUAUUCGAAAAAGAAGUGAACGAUUAUCAUACACAUUGGCAAACCGAACGAUUUAUAGCGCAGAGAUGCAUAAAAUAA